AUGUCUGGUCCUAGUAAGGAGGCUUUUGCUAAACUGGUAAGUUAUUUACCUUUUAGGUUGUAAUACGGCAGUUUGAUUCAUUAUUUGUCAUUUUUUGGCAUUGCCUUGUUUUCAAAAAAAAUUUUAGUGAAGGUUUCUAUGUUUACUCAUCUCACAUAUUACUCUUCCAGCACACCGAAAACAAAAAGCUUCUGAAACAAGAGACUCAAGGAUACCAUCUUCAGAACCUGGAGAACAACCUCCUCAAGGACUUGAUCGAUCGUGCCAAAGAACAUGAACUGGAAUACCUGGACUAUUUGGUCAAACUUCAAGAGCAACGUGAAAAGAACUGUCAAUUGUUGACACAGACUUUCGAGAUUUGUCUGAGAUACCAGAAAUUAUGUAGACAACUUCGAAUUGAGCCGAAGAUGAAGUUGACCGAGUUGAGAGAUGAAAUGAAAGAAUUCGUGGUCAAAACGAAUGUGAAGCAUAUGGAAAAGUGCAAGGAACAGCAGGAUGAGCUGCUUCAUGAAUGGCUGUAAAAUUUUUGAUUUAAAUUUUUUGUUUCCCUUAGGUAAGUUAUAGUAAGUGUGGCAGAGUAUGAUAGGAAUCGGGAGAAUAGGGUAGAGUAGAUUAGGGUAGGAUAAGGUAUAGUAAAGUAAUGUAAAAUAAAGAGCAUAGCAGAGUAUCUUAUUAGGUUGUUCAAAUAAUUCUAACACCGAAAAUUUGCUUUGAGAAGGGACACAGAAUUACCUGAACAACCUAAUUAGGGCCGGGCGGGGACUUUUGGUCUGGGGGCAGGGGUCCAAAAAAUCGGCACAGGUAGCUGCUACCUGUGCCGAUUUUUUGCGAAAAUUUUUUUCCAAAAAAUCCACAGGGGGGACCACGUUCAAAUUUUUUUCGAAAAUUUUUUUUCUGGGGGGGCGGGGUACCCCCCCCUCGCGCCCGGCCCUGAACCUAACAUUUAAAAAAUGAUUUCAGAGAUCAUGUAAACUCAUUGAUCACCAAGUUCCUGGCUUCACCAACGCCAGAAGUGCCCAAAAAUGAACGAAAAUUGGACGAAUCAUCUUGA